AUGAAUAUCACAUAUGAGCCAGGAUUUACAUGUGCAGAAGAAAUUAGAUUUGUCAAAUUGGACAGCUUUGACUUUAUCCAUUUUUGGAAUAAAAAGGGCGAAUUAUCUGAACUCGACAAAUCUCUUCUUUAUAAGGGCAUACGGAAUUUAGAUAAUGAAUUGAUCAAGCUUGUCGAAGCUAAAGAAGAUGAUAUGAAAAUUUAUAAAGUGUAUUUGAAAAUUGGACAUAUUAGUUUGUUAGCAAAAGAUUUUCCUAGGGCAUUAUCAGCUUAUCAGAAAGCUUACAAUCUAAACAAAGAUGGAUUUUGGAAAGUACCAGCCUCAUAUUUUGGUCUCGGAAUGGUUUAUUUCCAUUUCAAAGCAUUUGAAAUCGCUGGCGAAGCAUUCAAUCGUGUUCUUUACUCACAUCCAAAUCACGAAUUUACAGUUGAAAUAUAUUCCAGAUUAGGAUUUAUUUACAAAAAUUUGGAAUUUUUCGAACUUGCUGUCAAGCACUUCACAGCAGCACUGAACGACAGCCGUGAAAGCACAUUCCUGACGAAGGUUGAAUUGCGUUUUAACAUAGCUCACUGCUACGACAUCGCUGGUGACCUUGAUCGGGCAGCCACUGAGUAUCGAACUAUCUUAAAUGACCAUUCCGUUCAAUUGACGAGCAGUUUGCAAGCACAGAUCCUAAGACAGCUUGGUUGGUUGUGUUACCGCGAAGAUUGUCCACCAAUACAGAGACCUCAAAAGAUUUUCGAAGCGGAAAAUUAUUUAAUUCAAAGCAAAGAUCUGGAACCCACUUGUGGGAAAACAUAUUAUUAUUUAGGACGUUGCUACGGUGAAUUACAAGAUAGAGCACACGACGCAUUUGUUUAUUACAGACAUUCAAUUGAUAAAUCAGAAGCAGAUGCUGAUACGUGGUGUAGUAUCGGUGUUUUAUAUCAACAACAAAGUCAACCAAUGGAUGCUUUGCAGGCGUUUAUUUGUGCAGUUCAAUCAGACCGUGAUCAUAGUGCAGCUUGGACAGAUUUAGGACGAUUGUACGAAGUUAACUGUCAAUUUUCGGACGCACUCCAUUGUUUUAAAAAAGCGCUGAAUUGUCAACCAGCCGCACCGGAAGCUUUAAAAGCAAGGAUACGUGUGCUUGAAAAAGAGCUGCAUCCAUCGUCAUUGCUUAUUGGAAAUUUACGAUCUCUGCCACCCAGCGAAUUACCUGGUCUUAACGAAGCUUGGAGACUUUCCAUUCCAGCGGAACUAAGCCAAAGACAAGAAGAGUUCUUGAAGCAAAAGCAGCAGCGCUAUCGUGACGGCAGUCCGCUACUUUCUGCUACAUUAGCAUUGCCGCAGAAUACGAACGAGUCAGUGGAAUUACAAAUCAAACUAAUGAAUAUUUUACGCUCAAAUAAAGCUGAAAUUACUGAACGCGAAAGUAUUUUAUUGGAGAUGCUGGAAAGUAAAUACGGAAAGAUUAAUAAAAAUGAUAUCGAGCAAUCGUUAGAAACACACGUUGAACAAGAUUUCACCAGUAACGGUAUCAAAAAAGAAAUUCCUAUGGAUGGUGAUGCUGUACCCUCAACUUCUUCAUUAAAGAUUCAAUCGGCCGAAAAGGGGACCACUGAUGACAAAAAAGACAUGGUAAAACUAACUAAAGAAGUGCCUCCCUUACCUUAUUCAUUCUCGCUUACUGCUGAUGUUCGAGUACCACUUACAAUCACUGCAUCAGAGUUGAUGGAAAGAUGUAGGAAAAGGGUUGAUAAACCAAGUGAAUUUUUUGAAAUAUUUGAUGAACGAAUGAAGCCUCCAAUCUUACCACAAGUACCACAAACAGAGAAAUUUCUACCUGAAAAACUUUUACGACCUACACCUGUAAUUCUGGUAGAGUCACGAAAGGAAGCACAUAGUAUUGAGCUGCAAAAUUAUUGUUACAAUAGUGCAGUUACAUUAAUACGUGGUUUGACGCAGACUUUAAAGAUGGACCUCUCAUUAUUUUCAACAAAAUCAUUAUUGGAAAUUGCGCCUAAUCAUGAGGUAGAGAUACGGUCUCAGUACAGAAUGCCUCCUGAUCAAAAUGUUGAUCAUCUUGGACAGCCAACAUGGAUAUGCCAUAGUACUCGUUCUUAUACUACUAUUGCACAUUAUGCUCAGUAUCAGGCUCAAUCAUUCCAAUAUAGCUUAAAGGAAGAAGCAGAGAAACUUCGAGCAGCAAGCGCAAAAUAUGGAGGUGGUGGUAGUAGUGGUGGUAGUGGUAUUGGUGGUGUUUCAACAGAUGCCAGUAAUGGUUCAUUGAAACGCCGACGUGCUACUUUACCUGAGGAAUCUCAAAUGCCGAUGAAAUUGAUCAAAUUUGGAACAAAUGUUGAUCUUUCGGAUGAAGGAAAAUUUAAAACACAGUUAGCGGAACUGAAUAAAAUGCCGUCUUUUGCACGACUAGUUGCGGCAUGUAAUAUGUUAACGCAUCUUGGACAUACCGUCUACGGUAUGAAUACUGUUCAACUGUAUAUGAAGGUACCAGGUGCACGUACUCCAGGACAUGUUGAAAAUAAUUGUUUGGCAUCGGUAAAUGUAAACAUUGGUCCAGGUGAUUGUGAAUGGUUUUGUGUUCCAUACGAAUAUUGGGCAGCAGUCAAUGAAAUGGUUGAAAAGCGUAAACUCAACUUUCUGAAAGGAUCGUGGUGGCCAGAUAUUGAUGAGUUGUUAGAGACAAAUAUUCCUGUAUAUCGGUUUACCCAGAAAGCAGGUGAUGUUGUUUGGGUGGGUAGUGGAUGUAUUCACUGGGUACACAGUACCGGAUGGUGUAACAAUGUCGCAUGGAAUGUUGGACCACCCACACCAAAUCAGUAUGAAAUGGCCGUCCAUUGCCAUGAAUGGAACAAACUUAAUGGUUAUAAAUCAUUAGUACCGAUGCAACAUUUGACAUGGCAGCUGGCGCGAAAUAUACGCUUCUCGAAUCAAAAAAUGUUUACGUUAGUUAAACAAAUGCUUAUACGAUCAUUGGCUUACAGUAAGAUGAUCGCUGAUAUGGUUAGUAUCUACGAUAAGCCAAUUCGGAUGCAUCCAAGGCAAAAAGGAGAAGUAUCGCAUUAUUGCUCUACUUGUGAAAUCGAAGUUUGGAACAUUUUGUUUGUUCGUGAGGUAAAUGGUAAAUUUCCCGUAUACUGUGUUCAAUGUGCCCGGAAAGCAGAUCUUUCAAAUUUCACUGUCCUUCAACAGUACACAUUCGACGAUCUUUGCAGUGUUUUUGAUCAAUUUCGUCUUUACCCUCAAAACAGAUGUGCUGUUGUUUGUUGA